AAGAGGAGGAUGUUGGCGAGUUCAGCAUCACGAUCGAGAAAGAUCAAGCGCAAGAAGAUUUUCUUCAAGGUCGUAUGGUCGGCAAUCCCUACAGCUCAAGUGACUCGGAAAUGGGACCUUUGAUGCGAGAUAUUAAAAACAAGAUUUGUCGAGAUUGUGAGCUGGUUUCGUUGUUGGAAGAUGAUACCGGAAUGGAACUCCUGGUCAACAAUAAGAUCAUUUCGCUGGAUCUUCCAGUGAUGGAGGUUUACCGAAAGAUAUGGCAGCCCCUUCAUACCACCGAACCGAUGCUCAUCAUAUACCGUAUGCGCGGACUGCUAGGCGAUGCUACGGAGGAAUUCAUCGAAACUCUUGAAAAGGGCGGGUCUGGAAAACUAAACGAAGAAGAAGUUUUCAGAGCGGCUGCGGUUCUGUCUGACAUCGACGCUUUCUCUGUAAUGCUCAGCAGAUUGCAGCAUCUAAAGAACCUAAAGGCCGGUCACUGUCUACUAACGACGCUGAUGAUGCUGUUCGAUUAUGGCGUUAAAAUCAAGCGCAACCGUCUGCAUCUGAUCCGCAGCGAGAACGCCACGAUGCCCGCAUUGCUGAGCUGUUUGACAAUGGUUUUGUCUGCAAGAGAUACUGAACUAUACCCGAUUGCGGAAAAAAUUAUUAAUGUCCUGCAACGCAUAUCUUCAGAGGCUAAUUGUUUGCCAGAGGAUGAGUUUGUGAGAUUUGCUGGAGCGGUCGAUACAUCCGCAUACGUUUCCUUUUUGCUUAAGUUCGUCAAACAGCCAAAUAUCAUAGCGCAAACAUCGCUUAGAGAAGCACUUCUUAAGACGGCGACGAACAUCUGCCUUGGUUCCAAAAGCCGAAUGGAUCUGUUGUUAUGCGAGUUUGGACCGUAUUGCAAGUUCCUUCAGAUCGAAUCGCAGAAAGUUGCUGUGACCAAUCAGAUGGAAGCUCUCUGCUUGCUUGUUAAGGGAAUCGAGCUGUCUCGCUUUGGCGCUCAGCUGAAGGACAGCUUUAUUGCGCACGGAUGUGUCAAGAAUGCUAUUGAUUACCUCUCGACUACUUGUCCGCCUUUGUACAAAGUUGGCAUAACAAUUGAAUCGCCGGAAUGGUCUGAAUUCAUUUCUCGACCAAUGCUCAAGUUUGUACUUCGUUUUCUGACUGGCCUUUGCCACGGUCAUGAACCGACACAACUGCUGGUUGCGUCUGACUGUGUUCCGGUCAUACACCGUUUGGAGCCUGUAUCUAGCGAAGAGCACCUUGGAACGCUAGCUGAGAACCUAAUGGAGUCUCUGCGUGAAAAUCCGAAAGUAGCAAAAAAGAUCGAGGAGGUUCGCGAGGAGACUCGUUUAAAGAAAAAGCAGAUGGCCAUGGCUAUGAGACAGAAACAGCUUGGUGAAAUGGGUAUGCAGGUGCGUACGCGUUGCAGUCACAUUAUUUUUAACAUUUGCAUAUCUGAAAUUCGUACAUUAUUUUUUUAUGCGGAGGUGAUACAAUCUUUAGGUAAAUCACAAACGGGAAGACAACGCAUAAAAUGGUCUUUAAUUAGGAACAUCUGACG